AUAAGAGCACAAAUCAUCACCAUGGCCUCUUUUUCUCUGCCUACUUCUUCUCUCUUCUUUUUUUCUUUUAACACGAGAAAAGUUGAGAAUUUGGUCUCUGGUUUUAGUUUUCUUUCCAUUUAUGGGUUCAUUUGCUUCUGCUUGCACGUUAUAGUUUUCCUAAUUGGGUAAGCUCCAAGGUAGCUUCGUCCAUAUUAAUUUUCUUUUUCUUUUGUUUUUCAUUUUCUGUAGCCAUAUGUUUAUUUUCCCGAGAAAUUUUAUCCACAGCCCAGAUCUUUUUAACUCCGAGUCUCUCUGAUACUUAAAUAUACCACUCAUGCUUUGUUAGCUCCACCAAAUCUGGAAAACCAAUAGAUUCGUUUUAUUUCUUCUGCAAAAAUCUCAGAGCUACCCAAAUAAAUUUCUCUCUUUUUUUUUUUUUUUUCUUUUGGCUCACUAUACACAGAUCUCGACUAGAUUUUUUACUCUAAAUUCUUUUUUUUUUUUUUCAAAAGUUUUAAACUUUUCAAGAUUCCUUGAAGUGGGUCUAAACUCUUAAGCAAUGCUUCAAAUAAAUUCUUAUGAUUUCUUCUCUAAACAAAAUAAAAAUGAAGUACCAUUUGAUAUUGUUUUUUGUGUUCUUCCUUUGAUUCUCUUAUCUCUUCCUUCCUAUCAAUAAACCCCCCCAAAAAAAAUUAUUUUGAUUCUUUGGAUCUUAUUUGAUCCCAAACUCCGUAAAUCCAACCUUUGUCGGUAUGAUUUAUUCUUACAUAUCGUAAAAAAAAAAAAACAGAGCUAGGUUUUUUUAGUUUUCGGACAUGGAGGUUCUGAGACCGACGACGUCACACGUGUCAGGUGGGAACUGGCUCAUGGAAGAUACGAAGAGCAACGCCGGUGUAGCAGCUUCCGGGGAAGGUUGCACGUGGACGGCGGCGGAGAACAAGGCAUUCGAGAAUGCUCUGGCGGUUUACGACGACAACACUCCUGAUAGGUGGCAGAAGGUGGCGGCGGUGAUUCCGGGGAAGACCGUGAGUGACGUCAUCAGACAGUACAACGAUCUGGAAGCUGAUGUCAGCAGCAUCGAGGCCGGUUUAAUCCCGGUCCCCGGUUACGUUACCUCCCCUUUCACUCUGGAUUGGGCCGGCGGCGGUGGAAGUGGCGGGUGCAACGGGUUCAAACCGGGUCAUUCUGUAUGUUAUAAACGGUCUUCGGCCGGUAGAUCGCCGGAGCUGGAGAGGAAAAAAGGCGUUCCUUGGACGGAGGAAGAACACAAGCUAUUUCUAAUGGGUUUGAAGAAAUACGGGAAAGGAGAUUGGAGAAACAUAUCUCGGAACUUCGUGAUAACACGAACGCCGACUCAAGUCGCUAGCCACGCCCAAAAAUACUUUAUCCGGCAACUUUCCGGGGGCAAGGACAAAAGGCGAGCAAGCAUUCACGACAUAACCACCGUGAAUCUCGAAGACGAAGCUUCCCUGGAGAGCAAUAAGAGCUCAAUUGUUGUAGGAGAACAGCGUUCAAGGCUUACCCUGUUUCCGUGGAAUGAAACGGACAACAAUGGAACGCAUGCGGAUGCUUUCAACAUAACGAUUGGAAACGCUAUUAGUGGCGUUCACUCGUACGGCCAGGUUAUGCUUGGAGGAUUUAACAAUGCAGAUUCUUGCUAUGAUGCGCAAAACACAAUGUUUCAACUAUAGCUAAUGGAGAUCCAUCUCUAAUUAAACGGUGUAAGUGAAAUUCUUAAUUUUUCAUAUGGACGAAACAAUCGUAAUUGGCAAUUGUAAAAUAAACGUCCAUUUGUUUUAAUUUCAAUAUCGAAAUAGUUAAUGAAAGUCUCGUGACAGAGUUAAA